ACUUUAAAUAAAAUAAUCAUAGUUUUGAAAUUCGAUCUCAUUCGACAAGUUAAUUUAGAACGGAAAUCAAGUUGAAUUAAAGAAAAAACAGAAAAAAAAUUUAAUGUAACCCAAUUGACCGGUGACUCGGCAAGACCACAACCACACAGCUCCUCAAAUCUCUCCUCCGGCUGCCGGAAUCCUUAGGGAUGCCGUCGCGACCACCUCUCCUCCUCUUCCUCUUCUUGAUUUCUCCCAGUUUCGCCCUUGACUUCCUCUUUGAUUCCUUCAAUGCCACAAACCCUGGAGUCAUUCUCAUCCCAGAUGCCAUAGUCGACACCUCGGUGAUCAGACUCCUCAAUGACACCAACCAGUACUCCCUAGGACGUGCUUUUUAUCCAACAAGAGUGAAGAUGAAACAAACCCAGAACUCGACUACUACUCUCUCUUCCUUUUCAACUUCUUUUGUCUUCUCUAUAUUGCCUAACAUUGCUUCAAGUCCUGGCUUUGGUCUUGCUUUUGUUCUCUCUAACUGGACUAACCCUCCUGGUGCUCUUGCUAGCCAAUACUUUGGUGUUUUUUCUAAUCCGACUGUACCCUCUGUAGCUCCACUUUUAGUUGUUGAAUUUGAUACUGGGCAGAACCCAGAAUUUAAUGAUCCUAAUAGGAAUCAUAUUGGUAUUGAUUUGAACAAUAUCGAGUCUGCUAAAACCGCGCCUGGUGGGUACAAUUCUUCUGCCGGUUUUGUGCCUGUCAGUAUGGGAAAUGGUCAGAAUGUCCGAGCGUGGAUUGAAUUUGAUGGGGCCAAUUUUGAGAUCAAUGUUACAGUUGCCCCUGUUGGAGUUUCCCGUCCAUCUGUGCCGAUUCUUAGCUAUAAAAAUCCCGUGAUUGCGAAUUAUACAUCUGAGGAGAUGUAUGUGGGCUUUUCUGCUUCAAAGACUACUUGGGUUGAAGCACAAAGGAUUUUAGCUUGGAGUUUUAGUGAUACAGGUGCUGCUAGAGAUAUCAAUGUUACGAAUUUGCCCGUUUUUAGCCUACCAUCUUCGUCGAAUUCGUUGUCAGCUGGUGCUAUUUCUGGCAUAACGAUUGGUUGUGCUGUUUUUGUUAUGAUUUGUGUGUUUGUGGUUUAUUGUUUGUGGUAUAAGAAUAAGUGGAAAGAUUUAGAAGAAGAUGAGAUCGAAGAUUGGGAGCUCGAAUAUUGGCCUCAUAGAUUCUCCUAUGAAGAAUUAAGUCAAGCCACUAAUGGAUUCUCCAAAGAUCAGCUUUUGGGUUCAGGUGGAUUCGGGAAAGUGUACAGAGGAAUCCUCUCAAACAAUUCUGAAAUUGCAGUCAAAUGCGUGAAUCAUGACUCUAAACAAGGUCUAAGAGAGUUCAUGGCUGAGAUAUCGAGUAUGGGCAGGCUGCAACAUAAGAACUUAGUCCAAAUGCGAGGCUGGUGUAGAAAAUCCAAUGAGCUUAUGCUUGUUUAUGAUUACAUGCCCAAUGGCAGCCUCGAUCGUUACAUAUUCCACAAGCCUAAGAAGCUAUUGAACUGGCAACAACGGCGCCAAGUCCUUGCUGAUGUAGCUGAAGGAUUAAACUAUCUCCAUCAUGGCUGGGACCAAGUAGUUGUGCACAGGGAUAUUAAAUCAAGCAAUAUUUUGUUAGAUUCAGAUAUGCGAGGCAGGCUUGGAGAUUUUGGCCUUGCGAAGCUUUAUAGUCACAAUGAAGUACCUAACACAACUCGAGUGGUUGGCACAUUGGGAUACUUGGCUCCUGAGUUGAUAACAAUGGCUGUAGCAACAUCCGCGAGUGAUAUCUAUAGUUUUGGAGUUGUGAUAUUGGAGGUGGCUUGCGGUAGAAGGCCGAUAGAAAUGGGGUCAACUGAGGAGGAGGAUUCAGUGCUGAUUGAUUUGGUGAGAGAUCUGCAUGCUAAAGGGAAGGCGGUGGAGGCAGCGGAUGAAAGAAUGAAGGGGGAGUUUGUGGUGGAGGAAAUGGAGAUGGUGUUGAAGCUUGGAUUAGUUUGUUGCCAUCCUGAUCCCCAGAGGAGGCCUAGUAUGAGGGAGGUGGUGGCAGUUUUGGUUGGGGAGGAUGUGGCUGCCGCACCUGCUGAAUUGUUGAAUGUUUUGGCCAGUGGUGACGGGGGCGGUGAUGGGAGUACACAUGGUAGUGAAAGAGGUGGCUUUAACACUACAUGACCCGCAGUUUAAUGUGGGUGUCCAGGCCAGCUUGUACGCACCUCGACUAAUCUCACGGACCCUGAAGUUAAUGACCAUGUAAGCCUCCAGUGGCCAUCAUAUGAGCAACCAUAGGGCUUGAACCUGAGAAAGCAAACCUCUUGAUCCCAAGCUUUUAUCACUGGACCACCAUGUAAAUGGUUAAAUAUGCAUUUUUAAUUCUUGACAGCAUGUUCGAAGAAUCUAUAGGCAAGCAACUUUGUAAGUCAGCGUUUGCAGAGCUGUGGAACCCUUUGUUCGAAUCUUCAAUAAUCAGUAGCAGGCGUAAUUCAGACUGGACCAAGUCCAGCUCAUGGCUAGGAUAAUUAUCAAUUGGUUCAUGAACUUAUUUUGCGUGAUUCUUCUUUAGCAUGAUCUGUAAUCAGGAAUCUAUUCCAAGAACAAAAUACUGUUAGAUUAGACUUGUGAAAUAAUCAUCAAAUCCAUGCCAUAAAGUGGUGCUUUCUUCUUUCCUUUUUCAA